GCGCCGUGAGCCCGCCGCGCGUCCACACGCCGCUCGACGCCGCCCGCCCUACCACACGGACUUUACGCAUAUCAUAAUAACUUAUCAACUUGGAACUUUUACAGUGCUCUUAGUAGUUGUUAGUAGACUAAAGUGUCAGUUGUAUUCAAAUACAAGUUUAAUGAUUAAGCGAUAAAACACGAUACACGAAUCAAUACUCAAACAAUACAAUACACAUAUUAAUAGUCGUGACACAUAUUAACAAUGAUGGUGUUACUGCAGUUUGUAGUACAUUACGUGUUGUGAGUGCGAGUGUUGUGUGACCAUGGCAGUGGAGCAGUGAUGCAUAAGGCGCAAUGGCGUGGCCGGGCGGGUCGGCAGAGCUGCAGCAGACGCCUGGCGACAGGCUGCAAGUCCCACACACUUCUAUCCGUAGUCGAAGCAGAAGAAGAAACAACGAAGACGAAGCGACGACGUCGGGAGCGACGGAUGGCGCGGAUAGCGAGCAACAGAACCGCGUCAUCUUCGUGAACCGCGCACAACCUUACAAUUACAUCGGCAACCGGAUAUCCACCGCCAAGUACAGUGUCUACUCGUUCGUCCCGCUAUUUCUUUUCGAGCAGUUCCGGCGGUACUCUAAUUGUUUCUUCCUGCUCAUCGCGCUGCUGCAGCAGAUCCCCGAUGUGUCCCCCACCGGCCGCUGGACCACCCUCACGCCGCUUAUACUCAUCCUCUCUGUCAGCGCCCUCAAGGAGGUUGUCGAGGACUGGAAGCGUCACCGCGCGGACGACGAGAUGAACCAGCGCCAGGUGGACAUACUGAGCAACGGGUCGUGGACUGCCGUUCGCUGGGAGAAGCUGAAGGUGGGCGACGUUUGUCGCAUCACCAACAACAAUUUCUUCCCCGCAGACCUCAUCGUGCUCGCGUCCAGUGAACCGCAAGGUAUAUCGUUCAUCGAGACGUCAAACUUGGACGGGGAGACGAACCUAAAGAUCCGGAUGGCGCAUCCGGAGACCGCGCGGCUCCAGGACGUGACGCUGCUGAUCAACUACCGCGCCACUCUCACCUGCGAGCCGCCCAACCGGCAGCUCUACGAGUUCAACGGCAUGCUUAAGGAGGCCAACUCUAAAGCGAUACCGGUGAGCCUGGACCAGAUGCUGUUGCGAGGAGCCGUGCUGCGCAAUACGGCAUGGAUAUACGGCGUCAUCGUCUACACCGGCCACGAAACUAAGCUCAUGAAGAACUCCACCAAAGCGCCUCUGAAGCGGUCGUCGAUCGACAGACAGGCUAACACACACAUCCUGAUGCUGUUCCUGAUCCUGCUGUUUUUGUCACUGAUCAGCGCCGUGUUCAACGAGUUGUGGCUCCGAAACCACAAAACCGACUGGUACACUGGACUCGCUGAUUCGAAAAACACAAAUAUCGUAUACAACUUUUUGACGUUUUUAAUAUUAUACAACAAUCUUAUACCCAUAUCGUUACAAGUUACUGCUGAAAUAGUUAGGUAUUUUCAAGCGCGGUUCAUCUCGCUGGACGUAGAAAUGUACUACGAGCCGACAGACACGCCGGCGAUGGCGCGAACGUCCAACCUCAACGAAGAGUUGGGCAUGGUCAAGUACAUCUUCAGCGACAAGACGGGCACGCUCACGUGCAACAUCAUGGAGUUCAAGAAGUGUUCUAUCGCCGAGGUGAUAUACUCGGCGCCGGCGAAUGGCGAAACCCUGGAGAACACGCUGCUGCACGAGCACCUGACGCGGGAGCACCCCAACGUGGCCACCAUCCGCGAGUUCCUGGAGAUGCUGGCCGUGUGCCACACCGUGAUCCCCGAGACGGUGGACGGCGAGCUGCGCUACCAGGCGGCGUCGCCAGACGAGCGCGCGCUGGUGCUGGGCGCGGCGCAGUUCGGCUACGUGUUCGACACGCGCACGCCGGCCGCCGUGCGCGUGCGCGUGCGCGGCGCCGGCGCGCGCGAGUACCAGGUGCUGCACGUCAUCGACUUCACGUCCAGCCGCAAGCGCAUGUCCGUGGUGGUGCGCACGCCCGAAGGCGCCAUCAAGGUGUUCUGCAAGGGCGCCGACACCGUGCUGUGGCCGCGCCUGGCGGGCGGCGCCGGCGCGCAGCACGCCGAGACGACGCUGGCGCACCUGGAGCUGUUCGCCACCGAGGGGCUGCGCACGCUCGUCUUCGCCGUGGCCGACAUCUCCGAGGCCGCCUACGAGGAGUGGGCGAACACGUUCCACGAAGCGACCAUCGCCAUCCAGGACCGCGAGCGAAAGGUGGACGAGGCCGCCGAGCUCAUCGAGGACAACCUGCGGCUGCUCGGCGCCACCGCCAUCGAGGACCGGCUGCAGGACGGCGUGCCCGAGACGAUCGCGUCGCUGCUGAAGGCCAACAUCCAAAUCUGGGUGCUGACGGGCGACAAGCAGGAGACGGCCAUCAACAUCGCGCACUCGGCCAGGCUCAUCCACGGCGGCAUGCCGCUGCUGAUCCUCAACGAGAACAGCCUGGACGGCACCCGCGAGCUGAUCGUGCGCCACACGUGCGAGUUCGGCGACGGGCUGCGCAAGCAGAACGACGUGGCGCUCAUCGUGGACGGCAAGACGCUCACCUACGCCGCCGGCAGCGAUCUCAAGAAGGACUUCCUCGACCUCUGCCUGUCCUGCAAGGUCGUCGUCUGCUGCCGCGUCUCGCCCAUCCAGAAAGCCGAGAUGGUGGAGAUGGUGUCGGCGGGCACGGGCGCCGUGACGCUGGCCAUCGGCGACGGCGCCAACGACGUGGCCAUGAUCCAGCGCGCCUCGGUGGGCGUGGGCAUCUCGGGCGUGGAGGGGCUGCAGGCCGUGUGCGCCUCCGACUACUCCGUGGCGCAGUUCCGGUUCCUGCUGCGGCUGCUGCUGGUGCACGGCGCGUGGAACUACUCGCGCAUCAGCAAGCUCAUCCUGUACUCCUUCUACAAGAACAUCUGCCUGUACGUCAUCGAGCUCUGGUUCGCCAUCUACUCGGCCUGGUCGGGUCAGAUCCUAUUCGAACGGUGGACGAUAGGCUUCUACAACGUGAUCUUUACGGCGUUACCACCCUUCGCCAUCGGCCUCUUCGACAAGCUCUGCUCAUCAGAAAUAAUGAUUAGGCACCCGGUGCUGUACCUGCCGUCGCAGCAGGGGCUGCUGUUCAACGUGCGCGUGUUCUGGGUGUGGGUGGUGAACUCGCUGCUGCACUCGGUGCUGCUAUUCUGGCUACCCGUGGCGAUGGUCUCGCACCACAUUCUGUGGCCCCAAGGCAAGGACGGCGGUUUCCUCGUUCUCGGCAACUUCGUAUACACGGUACGUACAUCACUUCAGAUUCUUACUUUCAAAAUUAAACCGAAUAACAUUUAAACGAUUUCUGCCAUUUUUCACUUUCAUCUAAUAAAAUAACGUCGGCCUGAGAUAUUUUCUUGCAAAGAUUUUAUCACAAAUGCACUGUACCUAUAUCUUUCUAAAUAAAUGUUGUUUCGUUCAACGGUAUCUUGUCUCUCAUUUAGGUAGUUUUCAUAAAUAUAAUUGAUUGUUUUCGGCGGACGAUUUGUCCGAACGCAAUUCACUAAGGAGGUAGUAACGCCUCGCCCUACUUCUGAGUAUUUUUAAUUAAUUAAGGUGCGCCGAGAAGAUUAUUUCAGGAUUAUUUAAUUGCGAUGUGAAAUAUGUUUUGUUAUGUUUGAUUUUAUUGAUUAUACUCAAUUAAAGUUUAAAUUUAAAGCGGUUUCCUUUUUGUUGUUGUAAUUUAACACUCUCAGCGCCAUGUGGCCCGCCGGCCGCCCACAAAAAUUCGACUGCAGCAGGUCACUAUGUAUCUUUGGAUGUUAAUCAGCAAGCCAUGUGAGCCGCUGGCCACCCACAAAACCCCAACUGCAUCAGGCCACCAUGUAUUUUCGAAUUUUAUCUAGCAGGCCAUAUGGGCUGCCGGCCGCCAACAUAAAUCCAAGAGAAGCAGGGCACUAUAUAUUUUCGAAUUUUAUCUAGCGGGCCAUGUGGACCACUGGCGUACCACAAUUAGGAAUUUUAAAAAAAAUCUAUUUUUCUAGCCAAAUCCUCAAAAUAAAUGAAAAAUUAUUUGGUAGAAUGGCAAACGUCUCAAUUUAUGCUAGCAAUG